AUGGGGAAGGACCAGGAGCUGCUGGAAGCUGCUCGAACUGGAAAUGUGGCUCUGGUGGAGAAACUCCUGUCUGGCAGGAAAGGAGGGAUCCUGGGCGGUGGAUCCGGACCCCUACCCCUGUCUAAUCUGCUAAGCAUCUGGCGAGGCCCCAAUGUGAACUACACAGACAGUUCGGGUUACACGGCUUUACACCACGCAGCCUUAAAUGGACAUAAGGACAUCGUUCUCAAACUGCUUCACUAUGAGGCAUCCACAAAUGUCGCAGACAAUAAAGGUUAUUUUCCUAUUCACCUGGCUGCCUGGAAAGGAGAUGUGGAAAUUGUGAAGAUCCUGAUUCACCAUGGGCCAUCACAUUCCAGAGUCAACGAACAGAACAAUGAGAACGAGACUGCUCUUCACUGUGCAGCUCAAUAUGGACACGCAGAAGUGGUUGCUGUGCUUCUGGAAGAGCUCACGGACCCCACGAUCAGGAACAGCAAGCUAGAAACGCCUUUGGACCUGGCAGCGCUCUAUGGGCGGCUUAGAGUGGUCAAGAUGAUCAUCAGUGCACACCCCAACCUCAUGAGCUGCAACACUCGCAAGCACACACCUCUGCACCUUGCUGCACGCAACGGGCACAAAGCAGUCGUGCAGGUGCUGUUGGAAGCAGGGAUGGAUGUAAGCUGUCAGACAGAAAAGGGGAGUGCACUUCAUGAAGCAGCCUUAUUUGGGAAGGUGGAUGUUGUACGAGUUCUCUUAGAAACAGAAUAUUUAGAAGGUGUGGCCAGAUCAACCGUCUUUGAAGACCAUGUACAGGAAGAUGCAACACAAGAAACACUCAUUUCACCUCCUGUGGAGUCUCCUUCCCAAAAGACCAAAAGUGAAACUGUGACUGGAGAAUUAUCAAAACUCUUGGAUGAAAUAAAACUCUGCCAAGAAAAGGAUUACUCCUUUGAAGAUUUGUGCCACACAAUAUCCGACCACUACCUAGAUAAUUUGAGCAAGAUUUCAGAGGAAGAACUUGGGAAAAAUGGAAGUCAGAGUGUAAGAACUUCAUCUACAAUAAAUUUGUCACCAGGAGAAGUAGAAGAAGAUGAUGACGAUGGAAACACUUGUGGGCCCUCAGGAAUUUGGGAAGCAUUAACUCCUUGUAAUGGAUGUAGGAACCUUGGUUUUCCCAUUCUUGCACAGGAGUCUUACGCAAAGAAGAGGAGUCACACUAUGGAAAUUGUACCGUCGGCUUCUCUGGAGACAUUGCCUUUUGACAAUGAGAACUUCCUAUGUGAUCUCACGGACAUGGCAGUUACGAAGAAACCUUGCUCCUUAGAAAUUGCGAGGGCACCUUCCUCAAGAACUGAUAUUGCCUCAGAGGUAGCAAUUACUGCUCCAGGAGCUAGUAACCAUAGAAACAGCUCAACCGGCCCAACACCUGAUUGUUCACCGCCAUCCCCCGACACUGCCCUCAAAAAUAUUGUCAAAGUUAUCCGACCCCAGCCUAAACAACGAACGUCUAUCGUGUCUUCUCUGGAUUCUCAACGAGUGAACCACAACCAAGAAUAUUUUGAAAUCAGCACAUCCACAGGGUGCCCAAGUUCGACCUCUAGCCCUCCUGCUAGUCCACCGGCCUCUUCUGUGGGAGCAGUAGAAGUCAAGAACGAAGGACCCGACCACACAGAUGACCUGUCUCAACAGGAGGACAACGACCCCCCCAAGGAAUAUGAUCCUGGGCAAUUUGCAGGCCUGCUCCAUGGCUCCUCUCCAGCCUGUGAGUCCCCCGAAAAUCCAUUUCAUCUCUAUGGGAAGAGAGAGAAAUAUGAAGAUGGACAACAUGAAAUCCAUUUGGCAAACAGUCCUGUGCCUUUCAAGCCGUCUCCAAUAGAAAGCAACUCAGAACCUGCGGUGAAGAAAAUUAAACCCAAAGUGGUCAGUAGAACAAUUUUUCACAAAAAAGGCAACCCACUGGAAAACCAUACCAUUGUUGGCACCAGGGCAACUAGAAAUGCAUCCCGGAAUGGGGACCGGUGGGUUGGGAACACAGGGGGAUUAGUAGAGAGAGCCUGUACGCUGGGGCGAAUAAGGUCCUUGCCAAGAGCCUUGAUUGAGAAGCAUUUAUCCAAAACUGUCUCUAAAUCGGAUUCUGAUCUCAUUGCCCACCCUUCAAAUGAGAAAACAGCAAGAGUUAACUGGAGUGAAACUUCAACUGCUGAACACAGUGCAAAGCGGAAUUCAGAAAGAACACCAUCCUUCACAUCUGAAUGGGAAGAAAUCGAUAAGAUUAUAAAUUCCAUAGAUGUUGGAAUCUGCAGUGAACUUGAAGAGAUGAAUGGUGAGACCAAAAGACCCAGAUGCCCUGUCCAAACAGUGGGACAAUGGUUGGAAAGCAUUGGGCUACCUCAGUACGAGAACCACCUGAUGGCUAAUGGAUUUGACAAUGUGCAGUUUAUGGGAAGCAAUGUUAUGGAAGAUCAGGAUCUGUUGGAAAUUGGAAUCCUUAAUUCUGGGCACAGACAAAGAAUUCUACAGGCAAUCCAGCUCCUUCCAAAGAUGCGGCCCCUUGGUCACGAUGACUACCAUCCCACCUCUGUGGCAGAGUGGCUGGAUUCCAUUGAACUGGGCGACUACACCAAAGCCUUCCUCAUCAACGGCUACACGUCCCUGGACCUGUUGAAAAAACUCUGGGAGGUUGAGCUUAUUAAUGUUUUGAAAAUCAGUUUGAUUGGCCACAGGAAACGUAUUUUGGCAUCUCUGGGAGACCGGCUACACGACGAUCCUCCACAGAAACCCCCUCGGUCCAUCACCCUCAGGGAACCCAGUGGUAAUCACACUCCUCCUCAGUUGUCUCCAUCACUUAGCCAAAGCACUUACACCACUGGUGGCUCCCUAGACGUUCCUCACAUUAUCAUGCAGGGCGAUGCAAGGAGGAGAAGAAAUGAAAACUACUUUGAUGAUAUUCCCCGAUCGAAACUGGAGAGGCAGAUGGCUCAGUCGUCUGUCUGUGAAAUCUGGACGAAUCAGAAUGCUGGAUUUCCUUUCUCAGCGAUCCAUCAGGUUCAUAAUACAGGAGACUGGGGAGAACCGUCCAUUACGCUGCGACCCCCGAAUGAAGCCACGGCCUCCACGCCAGUACAGUACUGGCAGCAUCACCCAGAAAAGCUCAUCUUCCAGUCCUGUGAUUACAAGGCGUUCUAUUUAGGUUCUAUGCUGAUAAAAGAGCUCAGGGGGACAGAAUCAACCCAGGAUGCUUGUGCAAAAAUGCGGGCAAACUGUCAGAAGUCAACAGAGCAAAUGAAGAAGGUCCCCACUAUUAUCCUUUCCGUCUCUUAUAAAGGAGUCAAGUUUAUUGAUGCAACCAAUAAGAACAUAAUUGCUGAGCACGAAAUUCGUAACAUCUCCUGUGCUGCCCAGGACCCAGAAGACCUCUCAACAUUCGCUUAUAUCACAAAAGAUUUGAAGUCCAACCACCACUACUGCCAUGUGUUUACUGCCUUCGAUGUGAAUUUAGCCUAUGAAAUCAUCCUCACCCUGGGGCAGGCAUUUGAAGUCGCUUACCAGCUAGCCCUGCAAGCAAGAAAAGGGGGGCACUCCUCCACACUUCCAGAGAGCUUUGAAAACAAACCCUCCAAGCCCAUCCCCAAGCCCCGCGUCAGCAUUCGCAAGUCGGUGAUCGACCCAUCUGAGCAAAAGACUCUGGCCAAUCUGCCGUGGAUUGUGGAGCCGGGCCAAGAAGCCAAAAGGGGAAUUAAUACCAAGUAUGAAACCACGAUUUUCUGAUACCCACCGUCCUCCCGUCCUUGCGGUGCCUUGCACGCCAAGCAGUCCGGAGCAGGCUUUCCUUCGCCUCCGUUUCCACCCCGCCCCAGAGGAGGAAGACCGCUCUGUGUGUGUGGCCUUGACAUGGGCUAAAGGCCUCUGGCCGUUUCUGGGGGAGUUCUUUUCUGCACCAGUGACAGGAAAUGCCACCAAGACUUUCCGGCCACAACCCCUCAGAGGCGGGAGUUGUGAUGUGUUUGCCUGACAUGCCAACUCCCCAUCCCCUAGCGUCACCCAAGGUAUUUCUGAUGACUCAGACCCUGGACCUGCUCCGCUUUCUUGGGGGUUAAUACCUUUUUAAAAAGAGAAAAAAAAAUCAAAUGGGAUCGCUCAUACUGCCUAAAAAAAUCCGAGAUCCCUUUUGUUCGCUGUCAGCAGUCUUCACGGUAAAACCAGAAUAGACCCACCCCACCAAGCAUCUGUAAAACCAUCUAUCACUGAGUAUCGAGUCGUGCAAAAGGACAAAAUCACCACCCCCACCACACCACCCCCACCCCCGAUUGCUAAUGAGGUACGUCCGAACCCAAUUUCUAUCAUUGUGGAUUUCAUAUGUAACUCCGUCCGAAAACCUUUCCAUCAAUCCACCGACUCGAAAUUUAAGAGUGAUUUAAAGAGAGGGCAGGGGGGGGGACCCAAAAAAAGGAGGGAUUUAUUAUGCACAGAAAAAAAUGUGUCUUGUAUUAAAUAUUUUUAUUAAAAGAAUGUCUCAUUCAUGCAUUGGUGAGCAUAGUAGGUUGGUUGUGAGGGAUGUUUUUGCUUUCUUUUCAAAAUAAUUUCAAUCUCUACGACUUCCAAGAGGACUGGCUCAGUUUGGGGCAAAAUACUGAGGAUGCUGAACCAGAGCAGGAGUUUCGGGCAAGCAGAUUGGCGUAGAACCCAAAGUGCUGAUGCGGCCACAAGCUGGCUAAGGUUUUUUGUUUUGUUUUUUAAAUCUUCACAGUGUUUUAAGGAAACAUGUUUAAAAAUAAAUAAAUAAAUCUAGGGCUCCUGCUAUCAAGAUUUCUUUCAUGGAAACCUUGUUUGAGAAAGGUGUUAAUAAAAUUCUAUUGCAAAAAUUUUUUUCUAGAAAAAAAAUUAAAUAUAUAUUAAAAAGAUAUUCCAAAGUAAUAAAACUUUUCUUGAGACAAAAAAAGAUAAAUAAAUGUUUGCUUACAAUUUGAUUAAAUAAAAUUUACUGACCAUUUCUUUGCAGCUAUGUUAAUUUUUUAAAUGUCUCUGUGGAGUAUUUGUAUAAUACCAUAAUGUAUAUUUAUGUAGAAUCAAAUUAUAUAAACAGUACCGAUAUCAUUAUAGAAGAAAUUAACAUUUUAAUGUAUAUUGUUCUAAUCGAGCAUAUUGUGAAGCCUUUUGAAGUUCAUUAUAAACGAUAUUGAUAAAUUGUGGGAUUGUCUUCCUGUUUUGUUUUGUUUUUUCAAUUAACCUAAUAUUAUUUUAACCCUAACUCAGAUUUACUGGUUAUAUUCAUCAGUUGGUGAGUUUUGAGGAAGGAGAACUAAAUUUCAUUAUUUGAAACUGACAAAUGUAUUUGGAGUUAGUUCUGUUGAAAAAUUUUAAUACAAUAUUAAAUUACUUGAACUGAA